ACUUGAGUUGUGGGAGUUAUGAUUUUUAAAGAGGCGUGAGUAUCGCAUGUCAGGCAUGAAGAUGGUUGGAUUGUUGUUGCGAACUUAGUGUGUGUUGCCGCAAACUCGCUAUAAGUGGCGCGAUUCCUGGACAGCUGCAAGUGACAGUGAACGAUAGACGUGCGAGUCACUUCAAGAGGCACGAGCUGUGGCGCGUGCGUUCAUACAGCGCGUGCUUGUGAGUAUCGUCUGCUUCUUGACGGAGUGAUAGCGUCCCUAUCAACAAGCUUCGCGAUGUUAGGUUUAUCCCAGCCAGUGUCGCUGAUCUUUGUGUUCAGUCAGAUUCUGGCACUUGAGAAUGGAAUACAUAAAGGAACAUUCUACUGUAACAAAGGUCGUCGCAACAUCGUUGUGCGAGCAGAAAAGGGAGACUCCGGCCAUAUCGCCUCACCUGGAUACCCCGAGGCAUACUCUACGAAAUCCUUCAAAGGAUCCUGGUGUGAGGUGCAGAUACGAGCUUGUAGCACCUGUAAAAUACGAUUAAAAUUCACUGAGAUAGACUUCCCAUCAUGCAAUGAGACUGUCACCAGUGUUACAACACCCCCGACUAGUAAUAAAUGCAUUCCAGGGUGUGACCACCUAUACCUCCAUGAAGUUGACAACCCGUACAAUGCCAUCACAGAGAAUAUGUACUACGACUCGGACGAGGGAAACACCUAUGUUUCCAUAUCAGCACAUCUCAAACUUUCACAUUGUAUGGCAAAUGGAACAUCAGAUACAGCUCAAAAAUUCCAAGUUUCAUUUUCUAUAUUAGACAAGAAUGAGCUACGGCAAGGGAUUGUAGCAGAGUACGGCACCACCAUAGGCCGAGUGAUGUCGCCAAAUUUUCCAAAAGGAUAUGCCUUGAAUGGGGAGACGUUUACCUACAUGAUACAGAACCUGGACCCCUAUGGCCAUGUCCGACUCACGUUUGAUGACUGGGAUAUCGCACCAGAGAGUGUGGUCAAGCUAUACGAUGGGUUAUCAACCAAGUCCCCCUCUGUGGUGCUGGAUCGGAAGAAGCGCCCUGUGCUUGUGUCCGACUCCAGCACGCUGGUCAUUGUGUUCGACACAGGGGUCAACCCGAAAGGCUGCUGUGAAUAUUCCGGGUUCAAGGCUGCGUACCAGUUUAUCUCAGAGAAGGACUGGCCAGAUAAGCCAAUCACAGACUGCAGUAGAAAGUAUGCAAUGAGAUCGGGAGGUAUGAUCGACUUCACAGGGUCAAUGUUACAUCCGGGCCAGCCCAACUUCUUCGACUGUGUGUGGAUUAUCAAGAGACACCCUGGAGAGGACAGACCGGAUGGAGUCAUGCUGAGGAUGAGGGAGGUCCUACUGGGAGAUGGUUGGCUACAGUAUGGAAAAGUCAACAGCCUUGAGAUUCGUCAGGGGACGACAUCACUGAGCCCAAUCAAACACAAAUACACAGCCAAAAACCUGACCUACGCCCAGACGUUCUACACCUCCGGGCAGGGCCUCUACAUCCGACUUCGUGGAGGCUUCUAUUCAACAGAUAAACUCUCUUUCAUAUUCACAGCCGUCAAAAAUAUAUCUGCAGGUGGCAGUUGUCCUGGCUACUUCGAAUAUCUGUGUCAGAAUCUGAUGUGUAUCGCCCAGGAACUGAUGUGUGAUGGCAUCGACCACUGUGGUGACAACUCGGACGAGAGUCCGGCACUGGACUGCUCAGUCUCAGCUCUGUGGAGAUUGAGUUUCAAAUGGUCCAUGCCUUUUAUGGAUGUGAGCAGCCCCGGGCCAUCUCCGCGAUGUGAAGAUGGGUUUCUGUGUGCAAGUGGUACAGAGUGUCUGGCCCACAGAAAGCGGUGUGACGGGCUCCUUGACUGCCAGGAUGGCUCUGAUGAAUAUGGAUGCUAUACGCCCACAACAGAUCAUUCAGCAGCCACAUCAUCUCUCUCUAAACAUGGAUUAUGUCUCAUAUAUGUAUUGGUUUUAUUGGUUAUAUUCCUCAAUAAUACGUAGCCAACAUUGUACCAAUGUGUGUUUGAGAAUGUAUGAGAACAUGUGUAUAUGUGCGAGAGUAAAUAAGAAUGUAUAACAACCACACCCACUAAUUGUUAAUCUUGCUUAAUACAUGUACCAGGGAUAUAAGGGUGUUAUACCAAAUGGGAAGAUAUGUAACUGCUGGCCAUUCAACCAAUCAAAGGGUAUCUAAGACAGGCAACAGGGCAGGGAUCGGUACAACAGCAAUCUGUUUCAUAUGGUGCAGCUGUAAAUAUAGAUAUUUAUAUGAUUGGUGGGUGUGGUGAUAUUUAUAUUUGAGAAACUUGCAGAAGUUAAAAGCCAUUGCAUUGUGGAAACAUUAAAUGGAAUCGCUUGUUAAUCUAUCAAAAUGGGGAAGUGGAUUACAGGCUUGCUACCCCAGCUGGGUUGAAGGUAAGAAGUCUCCCACCAGUCGUGCUGUAUUGUCCACCUCCCUGGGAUGAUAUGAGGUGGGACGUAACAGAGUAAGCAGCUAUUGUAAUAUUCUCCCCAAAUCUUAAUAAUAAAUAUAAGUCCAUUUAUUAUGUACCAGAUUUUGUUCACCAAGUGAAUGCUCACGGCAUUACAUUAUUAUUGCCACCGUCUUUGAAUCAGUGUGCACUCAAAUUUCAUACUCAGCUCCCUGGGGAGUAUGUUCGCACAGUGACAGUCUCUAAUGUGGCAGAUCGUUCAGUUCCUGAUAAAAUGUGCUAUACCAUUGUUAUGUAACAUCCUUCCCAAGUCAAUAUCAUCAAUAUAUCUGUUGCUAAGGGAUGCCACCCGUUUUAUUUUUGUGAUUCCCUGUUUUCUUCUUGUCUGUCUUAGCCCUUCAGCAGGGUUUUGUUUCAUUUAGGUCAGAAAUAUUUUUAGAGGUAGGAUGGUGAUAUUUAUGCCGAAUCAAAAGUGAAUAGCUUGUGGAUAUGUCAUAGUAUUACAGCAAUAUUAAUUUGCGAUAUUUAAGGAUUUUUGAAUAUGUUAUUAUAAGGACUAAUGGACUAGAAAGUUUGUUUUUGUCACUGAGUAAGAGUUUCCAUAGAUACCCUCAAAAUAUGCCACUGAUCUGAGUCUUACAAUUUAUCAGCUGGGUCCUCUUGCACAAAGCGAUCUUAGUGCUGCGAUGAUGGUAACUCUUAUACUCUGAUAAUAUUUGUAGCGCUAAAAGUACCCGUGAAGAUUCGGGGUAGAAUAGGACUUCAGCAACCCAUGCUUGCCAUAAAAGGCGACUAUGCUUGUCGUAAGAGGCGACUAUCGGGAUUGGGUGGUCAGGCUGGCUGACUUGG